AGGAAGAUAAUUCUGAGAACAUUGUGGCUGGUUAAAUGAUUAUAAUUCAGGGUGCAUAAAGCCGAUUGUGAUAUUGAAACAAUGAAUUUUGAUCUCGAUGAUCCUUUGGAUGGCCUUCUUAGUGAUGGCAGUAACGACAGCUUGUUCGGCAAUGAGCUGACGAAAAAAACAAUGAUAGCGGAUACCAAGCAAACAAAAGUGGAAGAUUUAUUUGGUAUUAAAUCUGACGCUGCAAAACCGGUACCGGUGCCGAAAGCAGAAGUAUCGUCCGGACCUACGGUAUCUGUUGAUAAAGAUACUCCCGCUUCUUUGGAAUACGCAAAGCCGUCGAUGAACUCUGGUCAGCCGCCAAAUUCAGGCAGCUUUCAAACACGAAAAACUAGUACUCCAAUAAAAAAAACCGAGUCCAACCAGAAAAAGGAAAUUACUUUUGAUGAUAGUGACGUUCUUUCGGAUUUGGGAUUUGAUCCAAAGAAACCGAAAUCUAAAACGAAUAUACUAGAUGACCUACUGGGUGGACCCGUUAUAACUACAAGUAAAGAAAUCAUUGCCAAGCAAAAUAAGAGUAAACCCCCAUUGAUUGUUACGAAGGAUGAGAUUGUCGGGAGUAAAACUGUUUCCAGACAGUCUACCGAGACUUCAGAAAAUUUGCCCACUGAAAGCACAAUCAUGGGUAGUUAUGCACCUAGUGGUAGUAAUCAACGACGCAGUGCGCGUCGAAAAUCUUCCAGUGCUCUCAAUGAUCCAUUAGGCCUGUUUUCUAGUCCAAUAGUUGCGAAAAAAGAUUUGAAAACGAAUAAAAAAGGUGCUGAUUGGUUAGGAUUGAAUGAUGAUAGUAACUCAAACGAUCCCGAACCGGCAAAAGUACCCGAAGUAGAAAUCGAGAUCCCCAAACCAAAAGAAGAGACCAAACCAUCAAGUCCAAAGACUGAGAAACCACCUACGGCUACCGAAUCACAAAUACUGCGAACUACAAUUCCGACAAUAACACCAGUGGCGGUAUUUGAUGUUCUCAACCCGGAUAUUACUACUGCUGCUCAAACAAUAGAAUUCCUAAAUACUGAAACUCAGAAUGCUCUGAAUACUAUGCAGCAGCAAGAGGUUCAACUGACAAUAGCAAAUCAAAUGAAAAAUCAGGAGAAAGCACUUUUUGAAAUGCAGCAGAAACAAUACUCAAUAAUUCAACGCCAAGAAGCUCAAUUUAAUCAACUUUUGCAGAAGCAAAUCAUGCGUCAGAAUCAACUCGAAGAUGUUAUAUCCAAACAACAAGAGCGCAUUAACAAAAACAUCCAAAUAAUGAUAACCCAAACUCCGCUUGUUCCAACACUUCAAAUGGAUCAUGCUGGGUUUAUACGAGACGAAAAAUCGGAGCAACAUGCACAUAACGAAGAGGAAGAUGUUCUAAACAAAGUUGAGCUUCAGUCUAAUUUAAAACGUUUGGAGAUGGAGAAACUGCGAUUGGAAGAUCUUAUAUCCAAUAUAACUUCGAAUCACGAACAGGAAAUCAUAAUGUUGGAACAAAGUUAUAAAAAGCAAUUAGGAUUUCUUGACGAAAGUUUGAGAAUCAUGGAGGCUCGACUGAAAUUGGAGAACAAGAACAUGGAAGAUUUCUACAAGCAAAAAUUACAAAACUUAGAAGACGAAAAGCAACAAUUGAUAUCCGGGUAUGAAAAACAGUUCCAAGACAUGGAAUCAAACCAUAGAAGUUAUGUUGAUAAACUUAGAUCCAGCUACGAUGAGAGUUUGGAAAACUUGAAAUCCGAACAUCGAGCAAUGAUUAACAAUAUUCGAGAGUCAAAGAUGCUAGAGUUUUCAGUUCUGCAGGACGAUCGAUCCUACUUAACCACCCUGAAAAACGCUGCAAAUUUUCUAGAGAAUGCUUCCGGCGAUAUUCAACAACUGAGAGAUACCCUUCAGGAUCAACUGGAGUUUACUCAGAAAGAAAGGGAAAUUCAACUACAGACAAGAGUGAAGCAGCUGGACAGUCAACAACGACUGCUGGAACGAACAAAGGAAGCCGCAGAAGCAGAGAAACUUCGAUUGUUAAAUUUAGUAGAGAUGCUGGAAGAAAAGCUUACUGAUUUGUCGAAGACAUCUUCCGAAGAAAACUGGAACUACCAACAAAAAGUGGUCAAACUAGAAACCGAAAAGCAAGCAUUUGAGAAAGAAAAAGAUCACGUUCGAGAGCGAGCAUUGAGGGACGAGAAACGCAUUGAGGAACUCAAGCAGCUUCAACUGGAAGAACACGCCAGAAUGAUGCAAAAAAUUCAAGACGAAAAGCAACAACUGCUGGCAGAAAAAGCUAAACUCGAAACUUUGGGAAAAAUUCAUCGGCAAGAUCGAAGCGAUCUAUCACGGGCGGAGAUUGAUGCGGCUAUUAAGGUAGCAGAAAAUGCAUCCCAUGAAUCUGACAUGGAACGCGAAAGACUGCUUCAAUUGCAACGACAAUAUGAAACCAAACGGCGUGAACUGAUCAACCAGGAAAACCAACUGAGAGCGAAAAGCAACGAGCUGGAAAAUUCCAUUGGCAGAGCAAGAACAAGAGAAAUGGCCGCCGAAAGUGCCUUCAAAAAUGUCAAACGAGCCGAGCAAAACAUGCACCUGAAGUUACAACUUGUGCAGCGACAGUUUCGUGAGGUUUCCGAGCGAGAGGAUCGGCUUGCGAAGGAUAAAAUCGAACUGAGUAAGGAACGGUUAGAGCUUCAAUCGUUGAGAAAGCGGUUGCAGACUAACCGGUGCAGUCUAUGUAAGAUUAACGAAAAAUCGCAGGAAAUGGGUGACUACCUGACGACCGCUCACAAUUCAGAAUCGGUGGCCGAUGAUCGCAAACUCGAAGCUAAUUUUCUUGAGAUGCAGCACCGGGAACUCGGAAGGUUGGAUCAAUUUUUCGAUGGCGAUUUGGAGAGUCAAUUGCAAAGUUUCUUCGAAAGGAACCGGGUUGAUCAAAUUGAUGUUUCGGAUCUUGUGCCAAAUAGUAUCGAAAAUGAAGAUGGCACCGUUAAUGACGAAUUACUGCUGUUAAAGUUUGAUGCACUGAAAUCGCAAGUUUUUUUCGAAGGCGAAGGUACCAAGUGAUAGUAAGAUUUAAAAAAAAACUAGAUUCUGU